AUGGUGGGGUUAACUCGAGUUGUGCAGGGCCGGGGGUGGGAGUUCCAUGGCGAGCGGGGCUCGGCGGGGUUCACGGCGGUGGCGAGGGCAUUCUGCGACUCCGGCGAGGUUGGGUUGGAAAAGGACGGGCUGGGAGCUGCGUGGGGGGAGUCGGGUUGCCCUUUCGGGAACCCGGUUCGUUUCAAGGAGCCCAUCGCGCAGUUGAAGGUGGUUCCCGUUGCCGGGACCAAGGGGAAGGGUUCAACAUGCACAUUUGCUGAGUCAAUUCUUCGGUCAUGUGGUUUCCGUACUGGACUGUUCACUUCACCUCAUUUGAUGGAUGUCCGUGAACGAUUUCGACUUGAUGGGCUGGACAUUUCGGAAGACAAGUUUAUAAGGUAUUUCUGGUGGUGCUGGAACAAGCUGAAGGACAAGACUGGUGAUGAUGUACCAAUGCCAGCCUACUUUAGGUUCCUUGCACUGCUAGCAUUCAAGAUCUUUUCAGAUGAGAAGGUGGAUGUAGCUGUGCUCGAGGUUGGUUUGGGAGGGAAAUAUGAUGCAACGAAUGUGGUCAAAGCACCUGUAGUUUGUGGAAUAUCAUCCCUUGGGUAUGAUCAUAUGGAAAUUCUGGGAAACACACUUGGAGAAAUUGCUGGAGAGAAGGCUGGAAUACUUAAGAAAGGAGUUCCGGCAUAUACAGUUCCACAGCCAGAAGAGGCAAUGUCUGUACUGAUGCGCCGAGCUUCUGAGUUGGGUGUUUCUCUUCAAGUAGUCCAGCCUUUGGACCCACAGAAAUUAGAGGAUCAACCUCUUGGACUCCAUGGUGAGCACCAAUACAUGAAUGCAGGUCUUGCUGUUGCAUUGGCCAAUACCUGGCUUGAGAAGCAAGGUCAUUUGGAUAGAAUACAUGCCAAACAUUCUGAGACCUUGCCACAUCAGUUCAUCAAAGGGCUGUCAAGUGCUCGCCUGCAAGGUCGAGCACAGAUUGUUCCAGAUCUACAAGUGAACUCAGAAAACGAUAAGGAUGGCAAUUCUUCACUGGUCUUCUAUUUGGAUGGGGCACAUAGCCCAGAAAGCAUGGAAACAUGUGCAAGGUGGUUUGUCCACGUUACAAAUAAUGAUAGAAUACAACUAGGUUCUUCGAAGCAGCCUCAUGCUGACAGGAAUUCUAGGAAGAUUCUCCUUUUUAAUUGCAUGACUGCAAGAGAUCCUCAGAGAUUGCUUCCACGUCUUCUAGAUACAUGUGCUCAAAACGGGAUCCACUUUGAGCAGGCCUUAUUUGUGCCAAACCAAUCACAGUACAACAAGCUUGGUUCCCUUGCAUCACCACCUUCAGAGCGUGAGGAAAUUGAUUUGUCAUGGCAGUUAUCACUCCAAAGGGUGUGGGAAAGCCUGCCUCAUAACAAUGAUGGUUGUUCUAAACUUCAUUGUGAAACUGUGUUUAGCUGUCAGCAUCUGUUUUCUUAUGUGGAAUUUUACGAGAAUGAUGCAGGUCUAAAUGGUGCAAACUCAAGAAGGGCUAGCUCAGUUUUUGAGUCUCUUCCACUGGCAAUUCAGUGGCUAAGGGAAACUGCUCAACAAAACCAAACGACUCAAUUUCAGGUCUUAGUUACUGGCUCCCUUCACCUUGUUGGAGAUGUAUUAAGAUUGCUCAGGAAGUAACUUCAUUUGGAAUAGCACAUUGUUCAGAUUGAAAUGGUUCCUUAUAGAAGGAUUAACUGGAGCCUAUUGAAUCUUUUGAUUGGGAUAUACAUUAUACCAACUUGGUUGGAAGACUGGAAGAAAUUGGAAUGCAUUGUGAUUCCAGUGCCAAUCAACUGUAAAUUUGUAUUCUUCUUCUUCUUGUUGUUUUUUUUGGCAAUGCAUGCCACUUCAGCCUCGAUCCAGAAGAAUGCAACCCAAUUUUGAAAUGUACAAACAGUGAAUUACAUUAUAUCAGUCAUGCCAUUUAUUUAUACUU